UGCUUGAGAGGUUUGGAGGGACUGUAGUAGUCAUGUCUGGUCGCGGCAAGGGAGGGAAAGGCCUGGGCAAAGGGGGCGCCAAGCGCCACCGCAAGGUGCUGCGCGACAACAUCCAGGGCAUCACCAAGCCCGCCAUCCGGCGGCUGGCCCGGCGCGGCGGCGUCAAGCGCAUCUCCGGCCUCAUCUACGAGGAGACCCGCGGGGUGCUCAAGGUGUUCCUGGAGAACGUGAUCCGCGACGCCGUCACCUACACGGAGCACGCCAAGCGCAAGACGGUCACGGCCAUGGACGUGGUCUACGCGCUCAAGCGCCAGGGCCGCACCCUCUACGGCUUCGGGGGCUGAGCAUUUUUGUCUCCGCUUCAGAACUUUUCGUAUCUAACCCAAAGGUCCUUUUCAGGGCCACCCACCUAGUCGCCAUAAAGAGUUGUUCAUUCCCUGGUAUAUAAUUCUUUAGUCUAA